AUUUUAUUCAUGGACCUGAAAAGAAAAUCGGUCUUCUCAUCGUUGCACGAUGAUCGUGCUGCAAUAACAAGACAGAAGAUUCACCACUCAAAUAUCGCUUUGAGUGGAUCUUCCUCCCUCUCAGAAGCAACUGAAUCUCAGAACCCUGUUAAACUUCUCGGAGAUCUACUUAAAAAGGUCAUUGAAUCCCCAGAAAAUGGUGCCGUCGAGUUUAGUCCCGAUGUUAUUCGAGCCGCCGUCGACUUGAAUAGAGCUUUGCAGCCGGCACCCCCCCCCGAAUCGAUCGCUUGCCUGAUCAACGCGCCAUCGAGCAAAACCCACCACAACAGCGGAGACCUACCACUAUUACCUUCUAUCAUGGAUAAUAAACUCGAACGGGCGGUUUUCACACAUCCCGGAGUCGGCCGUGACCCGAAAACAAGCUAUGAUAGACUGGAGAUACUAGGCGAUGCAUACAUAGAACUUAUGGCUACGAAGCUCAUAUGGGAUAAAUUCCAGGAAAUACCAUCCGGCCGCAUUUCACAAAUUAGGGAACUACUAGUGAAGAACGAAACGCUUGCCGAAUAUGCUACCAAGUACGGCCUCGAUCGCAGAGCUUUGGUUCCACAAGAGUAUCUAAAUCAACCCAAAAGGUGGAUAAAAACAAGGGGAGAUCUUUUCGAGGCCUAUGUGGCUGCAGUUAUACUCUCUAAUCCUAAUGGCUACGCUGUCGCCGAGAAUUGGUUAUCACAGCUGUGGAUGCCAAAGCUUAACUCUCUCUCGACUUCUGAAUCGGACCUGCAUGCUAAGGAAUCUCUUGCUAAAAAAAUCAUGGGAAAAGGAGUGAAGCUGAAAUAUAUCGACGAGAAGCCUCCGAAGCAGCACGAAGGGGGGAUGCAGACAUUUUUUAUCGGGGUCUACCUUACGGGCUGGGGAUGGGAGAACAAGCACCUUGGAUCCGGCCAAGGGUCAAACAAGACCAUUGCUGGAAACAAGGCAGCCCGCCAAGCGUUACAAAACCAAGAUCUCAUCAAUUCCAUUAUUGAUGUCAAAAGGGCCCAUGAAGGGGGAAGACCUUGAUUCUUGAUCGAAUCUCUAACAACAAUAAUAUAAUAAUUUUAUGGUAAAGUAAACAAACUGUCCAAGACUGAUACUUAUGCG